UUCUGAGCCAAUCGUUAGCCGGAGUGGGCGGAGCCGCGCGCCCAGCCGCUGCGUGUUAAGGGGGAGCGGCGGCGCACCGGCGGCAGAGAUGCGGGCUCCGGGGCCGAGGCCGUGGCCGGUGGGCGCUCUGCUACUGCUGCUGCUCUUCGGAGCGGCCGAGUUGGCGCCUAGGGUCCGGCGUGAGAGCGGCUACACCCCCGACUGGCCGAGCCUGGACUCCCGGCCGCUGCCUUCCUGGUUCGACGAGGCCAAGUUCGGGGUGUUUGUGCACUGGGGCGUGUUCUCGGUGCCAGCCUGGGGCAGUGAGUGGUUCUGGUGGCACUGGAAGGGCGAGGGGCGGCCAGAGUUCCAGCGCUUCAUGAGCGACAACUACCCCCCCGGCUUCAGCUACGCCGACUUCGGGCCGCAGUUCACGGCGCGCUUCUUCCAGCCGGAGCAGUGGGCCGGCCUCUUCCAGGCGGCGGGGGCCAAGUAUGUAGUCCUGACAACAAAGCAUCACGAAGGCUUUACAAAUUGGCCGAGUCCUGUGUCUUGGAACUGGAACUCUAACGACGUGGGGCCCCAUCGGGAUUUGGUUGGUGAAUUGGGGACAGCUCUCCGGAAAAGGAGCAUACGCUAUGGCCUCUACCACUCACUCUUAGAGUGGUUCCACCCACUGUACCUACUUGAUAAGAAAAAUGGCUUCAAAACACAGUAUUUUGUCACAGCAAAAACAUUGCCAGAGCUGUAUGACCUUGUUAUCAGCUACAAGCCUGAUCUGAUCUGGUCUGAUGGGGAGUGGGAAUGCUCCGAUACUUACUGGAACUCCACAGAAUUUCUUUCUUGGCUCUACAACGAUAGCCCCGUCAAGGAUGAGGUGGUAGUAAAUGACCGAUGGGGUAAGAACUGUUCCUGUCACCAUGGAGGAUACUACAACUGUCAAGAUAAAUACACGCCACAGAGCUUGCCAGGUCACAAGUGGGAGAUGUGCACCAGUAUCGACAAGUUCUCCUGGGGCUAUCGUCGGGACAUGGUGAUGUCUGAUAUUAAAGAAGAAUCUGAAAUUAUUUCGGAACUGGUUCAGACAGUUAGUCUGGGAGGCAACUAUCUUCUGAACAUUGGACCAACUAAAGAUGGACUGAUUGUUCCCAUCUUCCAAGAAAGGCUUCUUGCUGUUGGCAAGUGGCUAAGCGUCAAUGGGGAAGCUAUCUAUGCCUCCAAACCAUGGCGGGUGCAAAUUGAGAAGAAUACGACAUCUGUAUGGUAUACCUCAAAAGAAUCAGCUGUUUAUGCCAUUUUUCUGCAGUGGCCAGCAAAUGGAGUCUUGAACCUUAAAUCCCCCAUAUCUACCUCAACUACAAUGGUAACGAUGCUGGGAAUCCAAGAGGAUCUGAAGUGGUCCCCAGAUCCAGAUAAAGGGAUCAUUGUCCAUCUGCCCCAGUUGCUACCCUCUGCUAUCCCAGUGCAGUUUGCUUGGACUAUAAAGCUGACAGACGUGAAGUGAUCAUUUGAGUUCAAGAGGAAAGGGAUAAUACCACCUGCUGUUUGCUGCUUCAAUUUUCCUCUUAUAGUACCAUCAUUGUAAUACACCAACUUUUCUUCCCCACCCAGAGAUGGCUUUUCUAAUACAUUUUAAUCUGAGGAAUUGAGUACAUUA